AUGGAGUCACAAGCAGCAGGAACAACCAAACCAGCUCGAGGCGGAAGAAGAGGAGGAUACCGCAAGAAAAGCGUCUCCAAAUCCAUCAAAUCCGGUCUCCAGUUCCCCGUCGGUCGCAUCUCCCGUUACUUAAAAAAAGGUCGUUACGCUAUCAGAUACGGCGCCGGCGCUCCCGUUUACCUCGCCGCCGUUCUCGAAUACCUCGCCGCAGAGGUUCUUGAGUUAGCGGGAAACGCGUCGAGGGAUAACAAGAAGAAUAGGAUAAACCCGAGGCAUCUUUGUUUGGCGAUAAGGAACGAUGAGGAGCUUGGGAAGUUGUUGCACGGUGUGACUAUUGCGAGUGGUGGUGUGCUUCCGAAUAUUAACCCGGUUCUGCUUUCUAAGAGAAGUGCUGGUUCUUCGUCUCAAUGUGAGAAAGCUUCACCAGCUAAAAAGUCUCCCAAGAAGGCGGCUUGAAACGGUGUCGUUUUCUGGUUGUGUCGACUGUCGAUCUAGAAGAAGGAAGAGGAACUUCU